UCAUCAACAUCCAAUACUUGAAGGUUGAUCCAUCAUUCAUUCGCCAUCGUUCAUCGAUCAGAGAUGAGUUCACUCGAGAAACAACAAAAUGGCUCGGCUUCCAAUAGCUCGGACGCCAACCCAAACAAUAAAGCAUCUACUACUAUAGUUCCCAGAGAUGUCAGAUUACUACAUUUAAUCUUUGCUACCCAAGGGAUUCAGAAUUACCAGGAUCACGUACCUUUACAGCUCAUGGACUUUGCCCAUAGAUACACCACGUCUAUCUUGAAAGAUGCCGUUACUUAUAAUGAUCACUCCAAAGCUGCCAGUGCCACUGCUAAUUUGAAUUCCUCAGCUCCAGCUACGGUGAACACCGAUGACAUAAGGCUUGCCAUAGCAGCAAGAACCAACUACCAAUUCAAACCAGCUCCUCCAAAAGAGUUGAUGUUAGAGCUUGCUCAAGAAAGAAACCAAAAAAGUUUACCACCGGUGAUUCCAAAAUGGGGGUUGAACUUGCCUCCUGAAAAAUACUGUCUUACUGCCAGAGACUGGGACAACUUGGACGACGAACCAGACGAAUCCAACGACUCUUCCAAUUCAAAGAAGAAACAAAAGUCAAAGUAGUUACUGAAUUGCUUGUUCUCUCCACCUGUACAUUAGUUAUUUGUGUAUCCACAAUAUACACUACUCUGUUCUAUCAUAUACCACUCUAUAGUGCUUAGUGAUCUGCGUCGUUAAAUCUGUAUCAUCAUAUACAUGUAUAUAUAUGUCUAUAUAUAUCUAUAUAUAUU